AUGAAGAAUAAUUCAUCCUCGAAAGACCUUCAAGCCUUAACCUUAAUUGAUUCAUACUGCGUGGUUUUAAACGACCGAAAGAGAAUUCGUUAAACUACAAACUUCUUGGUCAAAAAUAAUAAAUUCAAAGAAAAAAGUAUAAGAAUAAGAAGAAAAAGCUGUCAUUGCUAAUUAUGUGGAGAAAUGACUGCAAUGUAGUUCAACAUGAUGAAUGUUCCCUUCUUAAAAAAGGAAUAAUUUGUGGAAAAACAAAAACCACAAAUCAAAGAGUGUCUCAGUUAAUCAAAAGGUAAUUUCGUUGUAUUAUAUUAGAGAGAAGAAGUAUUUUUUACCAAUAACAAUCAUUAAAAUCAACAGAGAAUCAUAAGUUAAGACUUUCCCUUCAGAUUCAUGGAAUUGAUAAGAACUUCAGUAGACAAAGCACAAUGAAAAGGUUAAUAGCUUAAAGUAAUGAAAGAUCAAGGAGAGUAAGUAUAAAUGGGAGUUACUAAGUUAAUACUUCUACAUCUGAUAAUCAAUCAGUAAAUUCUCUCAAUAUCAAUAUUAUGCAGGAUUAAAGUCCAUUAAAAAUUUAAUCCUCAAAUAAUAAAGCUCUCACUAACAGAAAUAUCUUAAUAAGCUCAAAAAAGAAUUUAAUGAUGAACACCUAUUUUUCUUAAUCGGCACGUUCACUCAAGACCACUCAAUUUUCAUAAUUUAACAAAUAAAAAGUUUGUACUUUGCCUAAACUUAUAUAGAAAAAGUAAGAAGAUUGA